AGUUUUACUUCCGUUUGUUUAACAGCUGGCCCGGAAGUUUAAGUGAAUAUGCGGCUUGGGCUCUAAAAGUUGCUGUACGGUAUUUUAUUUUAAAGUAGAAAUCUGUCCGCUUUUCACUUACGGAGGCCUUACAGUGUGUGUUCUGUGUUACUUGAGUUUAUACGCACUGCAGAAUUUGUUUACCCUGCUCUUUUGGAAACGUAUUCCGGAAGCGAAACCCUGAGUAAUCGGAAGUGGUUAGGAGUGAGAGAGCUGCUGGAUAUGCGGAGGGACUGGGCGGGUCGGCUUCUGAAUGGAAGAGGUCUGUGAGAAGUUAACCUGGUGAUACCGAUCCGAAGAGCCUAUCAAGUGAAGCCCCCUGAAAUACGGAGAAUAAGAAUCUUAGAGGUUGUUCAGCAGAAGUCUUGGAGUGCAUUUUCAGUGGUUAAGGUGAAAAAAUGACUACUAAAAAUUUAGAAACCAAAGUCACCGUUACUUCAUCCCCAAUCCGAGGAGCAGGAGAUGGAAUGGAAACUGAGGAACCACCUAAAUCUGUUGAAGUUACCUCCGGAGUCCAAUCUAGAAAGCAUCAUAGUCUUCAGAGUCCAUGGAAGAAAGCAGUUCCAUCAGAGAGCCCAGGAGUUCUUCAGCUAGGGAAAAUGCUCACUGAAAAAGCAAUGGAAGUUAAAGCUGUAAGAAUAUUAGUUCCCAAAGCUGCUAUAACUCAUGAUAUCCCCAACAAAAAUACAAAGGUUAAGUCUCUGGGACAUCAUAAAGGAGAAUUCCUUGGUCAGUCAGAGGGAGUUAUAGAACCUAAUAAGGAACUCUCAGAGGUAAAGAAUGUAUUGGAAAAGCUCAAGAAUUCUGAAAGAAGGUUACUACAGGACAAAGAAGGUCUUUCAAACCAGCUCCGUGUACAGACAGAGGUAAAUCGUGAGUUAAAAAAGUUACUGGUGGCUUCUGUUGGGGAUGAUCUUCAGUAUCACUUUGAACGUCUAGCCCGUGAGAAAAAUCAGCUUAUUUUAGAAAAUGAAGCCCUAGGUCGAAACACAGCUCAGCUUUCUGAACAGUUAGAACGUAUGUCAAUACAGUGUGAUGUAUGGCGAAGUAAAUUCCUUGCAAGCAGGGUAAUGGCAGAUGAGUUAACCAACUCAAGAGCAGUUUUACAGCGUCAAAACCGUGAUGCACACGGGGCUAUACAAGAUCUCCUAAGUGAACGGGAACAGUUUCGUCAAGAAAUGAUAGCUACCCAGAAAUUAUUGGAGGAGCUCUUAGUUUCCUUGCAAUGGGGAAGAGAGCAAACUUACUCCCCUAGUGUACAACCCCACAGCACAGCAGAGCUAGCAUUAACAAAUCACAAGUUGGCAAAAGCAGUAAAUUCUCAUCUUCUGGGAAAUGUUGGCAUUAACAAUCAAAAAAAGAUUCCAUCAACAGUUGAAUUCUGCAGCACCCCAGCUGAGAAAAUGGCUGAAACGGUUCUAAGAAUUUUAGAUCCAGUUACCUGUACAGAGAGUUCACCUGAUAAUCCAUUUUUUGAGUCUUCACCAACCACCUUACUUGCUACAAAGAAAAAUAUUGGACGAUUUCAUCCCUAUACUAGAUAUGAAAAUAUAACUUUCAAUUGCUGCAAUCACUGCCAGGGAGAACUGAUUGCCCUUUAACAGUCAAUAUUUUGGAGGCAUGCUAAGGUACUUCCUUAUUACCCAAGAGUCAUUAUUAUUUGGGAGCUGGGGUUCUUACAAUGCUAGAAGUAAUAUCACUUCCUAUUUCCAUAAUGUAUACACCCAAAGAUAUUUUAUGUACUAGACUCCAGAUUACCCUUUCUUAAUCAAUAUCUCAGGGUAAGGAAAGAAAGAAACUAUAUAGAUAUAUUUAAAAUAGAGAAUACUUUCCAAGCAAUACAUGAUACUUUUCCUAAAAGACUCUAAAA